GAGGGGUGUGCAAAGAAGGUUAGCCAGCGAUUGAAGAAAAUGGCGAUCAUGCAGGACGAAUGCCUCCCUUCAUAGAUGCUGCAAAUGCGUUGAAUUUCUUUAGCCUUACAGCCGGCUUUCAUUUCCACUCUGUUGCACUUUAAACUUUAUGAGAGAUUUGGAAUUGGAAGCUGUUGCCACCAAAGAAACUGAAGAGUUAAAACAGGGAACCCACCCACAGAACGAAGAACAGUGGAUGGAAGAGAGAGAGUGAGAGAGAGAGAAGCGUAAGAGAGUGAAGAAGCAGAAUAAAACAACAUAGAAGACUGGUCAACAGUGCCAGAACAUAUCAAGUGUAGGCAAAGACCCGAACCUUGGCCUGACAGUCGAAACCACAUCCCCCCCCCCCCCCCCCCCCCCCCCUCUAUUAAACCCAGACGUACACACACACGCGCGCACACACCAAACACACACGUCCCAGCGUGCUCAGCAAUGCCAACGGGGCUCCAGCCAGCUGCCAGCCUCUGUGCCCGCUCCGACAAGUCCCACUCCCUUUCUGCUGACCCCUGAGGGCCCUGACCCCUGACCUGUGACCUCUUGACUGUCGCCCUGGGAACCAGAGAGCAGCUGCCCUCCACACAGCCAGGGGGCGCUCUGAGGGCCAGCGAGGGAGCGCAGCAGCGUGCCUCUCUCACAGGCAUGGCUCCCAUUCGGGACUCGGUCAGCCACUCCCCUAACCAAACAGGUUUAGAUCACCCAGGUCUGGAUUCGCAGUAUGAAAAUUCUCCCUGGAGCUCUAGUUCUCCGUGCAGCGACAGCAACAGUAACUGGGGGAAGGUUCUAGUGGACGGCUGCAGCGACAAGACCUCCCCCGUCUGGCCCUCCAUCUCCGGCCCCGCCUCCGGAUCCGGCUCUGGCAGCGACCCAGAGCUCGCCUCAGAAUGCAUGGAUGCCGAUUCCGCCUCUAGCUCGGGCUCAGAGAAAAACCUCGCCAUGAUGGCUUCCUCCUCCGCCGCCACCACCGUCAACGGAGACAGCAACGGGAACCGACAGAUGGUCGUUGGAAACGGCGGCAGCAGCAACGGCUCCCACCACUCCUUGGCCGGCGCCGGCAGCAAUAAAGGGGACGUGACGGGCCCCUGGGGCCUCCCCAACGGCACGACGCUAAGCACAGGCCCCAACACAGACGGCUCGGCAGGGAAGAUGGCCGCCGACGGUGGCCACGGCAACAAGCUCAACAGCGCUUGGGGCCCCCCGGGCCCCUGCGUCAAUCACGGUGCCUGGCCCGGAAUGCAGAGCAGUGGGCUCAACGGUGGCGGUGUCCAGCGUGCUCCAGACACCCAGGGUUUGAACGCUAAGCUAGGCCUGCAGGCUCCCCUGGGCUGGGGGGGCAUGGCCGACAGCCUGGAAGAGCCCGACGGCAAUGGUACAAACAAGGUGUUGGGCAGCAGCAACAGUGGUCAGCCCCCUAACCUUAACACUGAAAUGAAUGGACCAAAUAACACUACUACUACUAACACCAUGACCUCUAGUUUACCAAACUCUACUGGUUCGGUGCAGAUGAGCGAGCCCGGCUCAGGCCUCGGCUCCUGGGGCGGCGGAGGUGGCGGCGGGGGACCCCCUGGCCUCCCCAACGGCGCCGCCGUUUCCCAGCACUCCCACGGCGAGGGGGCUUUCGGUACGCCCUGGGGGGGCUCGAGCUACCCCGGAGACAAGGGCUCCAACGGAGACACUGUGAACCCCCACCCCUCCCUCCAACAGGCUGCCUCCCCCCAGCCCCCCUCUUCCACCUCCGCUGCUGCUGCUUAUAAAAGUAAUAAUAACAACAACGCUGGGCCCGGCCCUCGCUGGGACUCCAGCCCCACUAACCCCCCCACACAGAAUCAGUCCUGGGGGGGCACCUCCACCCCUGCCCCAGGGAACGGGAUGGGUCCCCCCGCGGCGGGCCUCCCUCGCCCCUGGGGGAGCAGCGCCUCGUCGUCCUCGUCCUCCUCCUCCUCUUCCUCCUCCAAUACUAAGGCCUCGAAUGGAGAGUGGAGCGCCCCGCCGCCCGGCACCAAUCAGCAUUCCAGCGAGAUCGGCGGCCGCAAGGGGGGCACCAACGGCUGGAAGAGCCUCGAGGACGACGCCCUGGCCAUGGGUCCAGGCGGCGUGCAGGGCCCACAGAGCGCGGUCGGAGGCUGGGGCCGAUCUGGUGGCAGCGAGGGGAGCGGCGAGAGCUCCGGAGGCCGCAGCUCCGACAGGGACGGCCAGCGCCCCCGCCGCAGAGCCCCGCCCGCCGGGCCCACCGGGCCCGCCGCCGUUCAGCCCGCCGUCGCCCGCGGCGACGUGGACCCCCGCGUCCUUUCCAACACCGGCUGGGGUCAAACCCCCGUGCGCCAGAACACCUCUUGGGACGUGAAGCCUGCUCCGGUACCCGCUCCCAGGAUGGAGGAGCGGAAGCCCAGUAAUGGAGGCCCUGGUUGGGGCUCGGCUGGCCAGUCGGUCCCCUCCCAGCCCAGCAACUCAGGGGGUUGGGGAGAUGGGCCUGGAGGUCCAGGCAAAGACUCACCAGGGUCUGGCUGGGGGGAACAGAAAACCUCAGCAGGCUGGGGAGAUGGCAAAGCCCCUGGGACCUGGGAAGAUGGCCCGAGCUACAACAAGAGCAAUAACACCUGGGGAAACAACAACAAGGAAGACAGGUCAAACACCUGGACCAAUGCUCCCAAGCCCAAGCAGGACUGGGGUGCCCCCUCUGGCGGGGAGGGCUGGGGUGGAAAUGGAGGCCCAAGAGGAGGAGGAGGAGGGGGAGGGGGAGGGGGAGGGGGUGGCAACAAUCACUGGGAACCCCAGAAGAGUGCAGGUUCUGGAGGCUGGGACGGUGACAGCGACCGCUCAGGGACCGGAUGGGGCGAGCAGGCCAGGCCCAACAACAACUGGGGCGGCAGCGGAGGGUCCAACAACCCUGACCAGGGCAACGCUCCCAACUCGGGGUCUGGCUGGGGGGAACCCGCAAAACCCGUCUCCCAGAAUCACCAGGGGUGGGGGGAGCCCUCCAUGAAGCAGCCCAACCACACAACGCAGAACUGGGGAGACGCCCCCAAACCCUGCCCUUCCAACGAAUGGGGAAAAGGUCCUGAUUGCAACCCAGGCCCGAUGUCGAGAGGCCCCCCAGGGCCCCAGACCACCAACCCUGCCUCUAUCAAGCCAGCUGGCUGGGUGGGCGGGCCCGUCCCUCCCUCCCAGAAGGAGGAGUCUACAGGGUGGGAGGAACCAUCCCCCGAGGCAAUCCGACGCAGGAUGGAGAUCGACGACGGCACUGCGGCCUGGGGAGACCCCAACAAGUACAGCGGAGGAGCCGUCAACAUGUGGAACAAGAACAACCCAUCGGAGCAGGGGGGCAUGAGUAUGAACACCCCCCCCCAGCCCCAGCCCCAGCCUCAGCCUCAGCCCCACCCCCAACCCAUGCAGCCCCCGCCUCCCCAGAACAUCAUGACUGGCAAGGACAAGAACUGCAGCCCUAGCUGGGCUGAACCAUACGGAGGGCCCCAGAAGGGGGAGUCCUCGUGGGGAGAGCCGGCCGGCCCUCCAGUGUCUGUGGACAACGGUACAUCGGCCUGGGGCAAGCCCAUGGAUACCUCCUCCACCUGGGAGGAGCCGGGCUCUGGCUCUGGGAGAGACAGGGAGAGGGACAGAGACAGGGAGAGCUCAAACACCUGGGGAGGAAGCUCCGGGCCUGGGUCACACAACCAGCACAAGCCUGGAGGAGUGAAGCCUAUGGAGCGCUGGCACGGGGAGGAGGUGUCCAUGGGGGGGGGUUGGGAGCCUGAGGAGGAGGUGGAGAUCGGCAUGUGGAGCCCCCCCAACCAGGACAACAGGGAGCAGAACAGCUGGAACUACAUGAAGAAGGUUCCUCCCAAGAUGAACAAACCCGUGAGCAAGCAGGAGGACACCUGGAUGAAUCCGUUCGUCAAACAGUUUAACAACAUGAACUUCUCUAGAGACUCCCCUGAGGACUCCAUGAAGAGCAAUAAGAUGGAGAUGGGUGGAGGGAUGAUGUCAGACAAGCGCAUGGACGGGAGCAUGGGCGAGUACAACGGCGUGAUCGGCAAGACCCCCGGCUCUCGCCACCAGAUCCACAAGGAGGCGUCCAUGGAGCGCAGCCCCUACUACGACAAGAAUGUAAACCCCAUGUUCGGUGGCAGUACUGCAGCACAAGGCCGAAACGGCCCCCAGCCCCCGGCCCAGUCCCUCAACUCAGCCCAGCCCAACCUCCGCAACCAAGUGCCUCCACCAAUCCUGCCCUCUCAGGUCCCUCCAUCUCUUUUGAAGUACCCCAACAGUAACGGCCUGAACCCCCUGUUUGGGCCGCAGCAGGUGGCUGUUCUCAACCAACUGUCCCAGUUAAACCAGCUGUCUCAGCUCAACCAGAUCCAGCAGUUACAGCGCCUCCUCCUCCAGCAGCAACAGAAAGCCCAAAGGCCCAUGCCUGUGGGACGCCAGCAGGACCAGAGUCGUCAGUCUAUGAUGCAGCCCCCGAGGCACCUCGACCCCUCCCUGCUGAAACAGGCCCCCCUCUCCCACCAGCCCCUCAAACUCUACAUGGACAACUACAUCCCCCAGAACCUCCCAGAGCUUCAGAAGGACCCGGGCUCCAUGAACUCCUUCUCCAACUUCCCUUUAGGCUCGAACUCUAACAUGAAUGUAAACAUGGACAUGGGCGGUGUGGGGUACAAGGAGCCUCAGUCCCGUCUGAAGAAGUGGACAGCCAUGGACAUGUCUGUCAACUCUCCUCUGGACCAGAACAGCAAACCUGGUGCUAUGUCGUCUGGGCUGCGUCUGGAGGACUCUCCCUUUGGUCCGUAUGACUUCCUGUCUACUGGCCCUUCCCCCCUCAGCCCUCCCGGCCAAUCAAUGGGCUCAGUGGGCGACGGCUGGCCACCCCGUGCCAAAUCCCCUCACGGAAACACCAAUGUCACCUGGCCCCCAGAGUUCCGUCCUGGCGAGCCCUGGAAAGGUUACCCCAACAUUGACCCUGAGACUGACCCCUUCGUGACCCCUGGCAGCGUCAUCAACAACCUCUCCAUCAACACCGUCCGAGACGUCGACCACCUCAGGGACAGGAACAAUGGGCCACCCUCAUCACUGAACACCACGAUGCCUUCUAACAGUGCCUGGUCAUCCAUUCGUGCCUCCAGCCACAGCGGUUCCCUCACCAGUACAGCACAAAGCACUUCAGCCAGAAACAAUGAGUCCAAGUGGUCUCCCGGAGGUUCUGUGUCCAACUCCUCGCUGGCCCAUGAGCUGUGGAAGGUCCCUCUGCCCCACAAGGGUCUGUCUGCCCCCUCCCGGCCUCCUCCCGGCCUGACCGGACAGAAGCCCUCCUCAUGGGACAACGCCCCCCUGCGCAUGGCUGGCUGGGGCUCCGACUCCAGAUACACCCCCGGGUCCAGUUGGGGGGACAGCAGCAGCUCAGGGAGAACUAAUUGGCUCGUUCUCAAGAAUCUCACGCCUCAGAUUGAUGGCUCCACCCUGAGGACCCUGUGUAUGCAGCACGGUCCUCUGAUCACAUUCCACCUCAACCUGCCCCAUGGCAACGCUGUCGUCUGCUAUAGCUCCAAGGAGGAGGCUGCCAAGGCGCAGAAAAGUCUGCAUAUGUGCGUUUUAGGGAACACUACUAUUCUGGCUGAGUUUGCAAGUGAAGAUGAAAUCAACCGUUUCUUUGCACAAGGUCAGUCUUUGGCUGCUGCAUCCCCAGGCUGGCAGGCUAUUGGCUCCUCACAGAGCCGCAUGGGCGGCGCCAUGGAGGGGUCACACCCUUUCUCAAGCCGUGUGCCUGAGCCCAGCCAGUGGAAUAGCAGCGACAUCCACAGCUCCUCCCUUUGGGGUGGGCCUAACUAUUCCACUAGCCUAUGGGGGAACCCUAGUGGCAGCGAGGGUGGGAGGAUCAGCAGUCCCUCUCCAAUCAGCUCCUUCCUCCCCGUUGAUCACCUGACAGGGGGUGGGGACUCCAUGUGAAUCACCUGUCACUCAAGCAAGGGGGACCCCUCAGAGUCAGAAGAGAAUCAUAAUCACAAGAGAAAGUUUCACUCAAAGACAAACAAACAAAAAAAGAUGUAGAAAAACGCAAUGGCACUAGUUGGACUCUUUCUCACUUACAGAUAUACAGCGGGGUUUCCCCUGUGGAAAAUAAGUUACGUUUCUCUCUGCACAUAUGUCCACUUUGUUUUAGCCCAAAAACAUAUCAGUUGGAAUACUUGAAUCACGCAGGCCAAUUCUAUAAUGUGAAAGGAUAGAUAUACGCUUCCACUUAGUGCUCUUUCAGACCGAAAAAAAAACUUCAAUCGAGCUCAUUAAUGUUUAUUCAUCAUGUUUAUUUGAAUUCCAAUUCUUUUAUUUUUAUUAUUUUGCAUUUGUUUGCUGACAAUGUUGGAGUUUGAGCUUUUUUAACUUUGCACUGAAUGUGGUUUUUCUCAGUAUAUAUAAUCUGCAAUAUAGAGGGAGCAGCCAGUUUUCCAGUGUAGCUGUUUACUCAUGGAGGUCCUUACUGUGUGUGUGUACUUGAAUGAGUGUUAGUGUGACUGAGUGUGUGUGUGCGCGCGCUCCUCUCUGCCUUGGCACGCCUACCUUACCGCGGUGUCGUGGAGAUCAAGAUCAACAGAUAGUUAUUAAAGAAAAAAUGCUGACUUAGGAUUAUCUGAUGAUAUUAAAGUGACAUUAAAAGUAUUGCACCAAUUUUGUGUUUUAAAACUAAAGAACGUGAGCUCUGCAGUGCAAAGAACUGUAGCCGCAGCUGGGACUAGCAAGCCCCUCCCACCAGCCAUGGGGGCGGGGACUAGCAAGCCCCUCCCACCAGCCAUGGGGGCGGGGACUAGUAGGCCCCUCCCAUCAGCCAUGGGGGGCGGGGACAAGCAGGCCCCUCCCACCAGCCGUGGGCAGGGGGGGAUCAGCACUUUCAGAAUAGGCUUUCAAUGUUGUUUUGGAGGUGCCACACUGCAACCUCUUGUUUACAAGACUUAGGAGGGGAAACGUGUGUUCAUUCUUCCAUCAUUUUAAAACAAAAACAAAAAGGAAAAAAUAUACAAAAAAA